UCGGAACAACCAAAGUUACCAAACAAAAUCAGUGAGCAGAAACUCUCCUCCCUCUCUCCCACCAUCGUCGCACAUCUCAUCCUCAUUUGAAGGCAGGCAGGCAGGCAGCCAGACCAGGAAGUAGAAAGAUCAGAUGGCACUAAAAAGUGUCACAAAAAUGCUAUCCCAGAGGUGGUUCUCCACCAGCACCAGAGGCAUUACCAAUACUGGAGGAGGAACUGAGACCAGCAAACAUAUUACGGAUGAAAAAUGGCGAGGUCUUUAUGAACGCAUUAAGCAGGCUACUGCAGAAACAAACCAACUCAGGGAUGAAUGCAAUGCUUACUUUGCCCUAAAAAGGGCAUUUCCCCAGGAUCGAGUCGUAUGGGCAUUGUUCAUUCUCAGUGUUGGUUAUAACGUAGUUCUGCAGUCCCAAGAAAUCUUGAAAACUAGAAAUGUCAUCAAAGAUAAACAAACCCAGUUGACAGCUCGUCGUAACGCCAUCAAAGAUAAACAAACCCAGUUGACAGCUCGUCGUAACGCCAUCAAAGAUAAAGAAUCCCAGUUGACAGCUCGUCGUACCGAAAUGCAAUAAAGAAAGUAAAAAUGAAUGUCCUGGAAAAGAAUAUAGAGUGUCAUUUGCAUCUUUGUUACCCUCUUAGGUACUUUCUUGUCCUUGCAGUGAGUCUUUUGUUGCCUGCAAUGUGAGUACGAGUUGCCCAUAUGACGUGCUCUAGGGAAGUCUGAUUACUUCUUGGUAGAAAGAUUGUCAAGUUUAUUGGCCACUGUUCUGACAUUUCCACUUGAGCAAUAAAAAUUAUAAUCCUAAACCACAUAAAAAAAAA